UUUUCCUGCCUUUGAUUCCAGGAGAUCUGUCGUCAUUCAUAUAAAAGAAGUAAUGAUACCUCUUUAAAAUCAUCGGAGUCGGGACACUCGUUGUUAUUUUGUCACUGAUAACUUCCGCCGUGAAAGAUGAAGCUCCUUUUUUGUGCGGGAUUUUUACUGGCGAUAUCAGCUCCCAUUCUUGCCGAUCCACCGUGCCAUAUGUCUGAAUUGAUGGGAUGUGUACAAAUUGGAAUCGAUUGGUUGCAUUCACUCCCACCUAAGUCUAUUCCAGAAACAGAACAAGAUGUGGAUGCUAUGUGCACAGAAAUUACAAAAGCUUUUGAUUGUGCAAUAAAGUUUAGAGAAAGUUGUAUGACUCCGUUGGAAAAAGAAGUCGUCCUGUUAGUUGUCGAAGGUGCAUUGGAUCUUCAGAAAGACUUCUGCACGAAAGGAUCUGCUUCAAGAGGAAAAUAUAUGACUCACUCUGUAUGUUUAAAUAAAGUCUCGCAUAUGGAGGAAAUAAAAACUCAAAUUGAGUAUUUGUUAGCGGUUUUGGAAAACGCAAGAAAUGUUAAAGCGACAGAUGCUGUUAACUAUGGAUGCUGCGGAUACCGAAAAUUCUACAACUCAUUCCUCAAGCUGACCACAGACACUUGCGGAAAAGAAGCUGUAGACGCAACCCAAGAGCUUAUCAGUGCUGCUGUCGCUCAACUGCCAGACGUUGCAUGCAGUGGGUACACGGGAGAGGAGGAUAAAUGCAAGGCCAUCUUGCCCCCAGAAGGAUCUAAACCAUCUAGUGAUGCCAACGGAACACAGUUUUAUAAGUUCAUAAGAGAUAUUCUCAAAAACUGGCUCGACUAGAAGUCAAGAUAAGGAAAAUGUAUUUCUCACGGAUAUGUAGCAUGUUAAAAUUGUUAAAGUUUAAAUGAAUAAAAUGUUUAUGUUUUUGUU